AUGGCCCUGGCCAUUUGUACGUAUUGUAUAUACAUCGACCGUGUGGCAUGUGCAUUCUACAAGAAUUAUACAAAAAAUCAAAGGUUUAUUCUAAUAGCACAACUGGUUCAAUUGGUGGUAAUCGCAACUUCCAUCGUUCUCUGGGUUUAUCGGAAUGAAGAGUCAGAUACAUAUCUCUUGUCUUGUUUGAAUGUUCCAGUAGCAUCUGUGGCCGACAUGACAAAAGCCACAGUCGCCAUAUUUCCGAUCAACUUUGUCUGCUUUUUUUGUCGAUUGGCUUGUUUCGACAUUUUAAAAGAAAAGAAGAAGGCAGCCGUCGACGUCGAGUCUUCUGAAUUUCUAUACCGUACCACUGGAACUCAGGCUGCAAUUAUGGCCCUCUUCUCUGUCGUCUCCUUGGCAAUGAGAUUAGUCUAUAAUAGUCUGCCAAGGCCAGUCGGUUUAACGAUUGCGACGUUUUCAUAUAUCUUCAGCAUCUAUAGUUUUGUGGUUCCUUUGAUCAUAGUUCAAUAUGUUCGAAAAACUUCUGAAAACCGAAAAAGUCGAAUACUGAGUCACGUCGGGUUGAAAACAGUUGGAUCCGAGGGAGCACAGAAUUAUUUUGAAAUGAUAAAAUCACAAUGGGAACAAUGA